AUGCCUCGCUGGCGGACUGCUCGACUAUUUGUGAUAUUGUUACUGCACAACGUCUGUUCCAGUUUUGGACAGGAAGAGCUACAAACAAAGGACUUUAACGACAAAGAGUGUGGACAACGUUUAGCCCAACGGGAAGGGCUUGUGAAGGGCGGAUAUUCGACGCGUCCCGGCGACUGGCCGUGGCACGUGGCUUUGUACCAGCGCGGGAUUACAAGUGAUGGGUUCGAGUACGCUUGUGGAGGCAGCAUCGUGCAUCGGUACCUGGUGCUAACCGCUGCACACUGCGUCACAUUCGCAGCUAGUCGACGAAAAAUUCCGACCGAAAAUUUACUUCUAAAGUUGGGUCGUUUCAACCUCUCGAACGAGGUGGAAGAACAUGCCGAGGAGUUCAAUGUGAUUGAGACGAUAGUGCACGUUGGUUUCCGGCCGACAACGUUCGAGAAUGAUAUUGCCAUCCUACGGGUGGAAGUGCCCAUCAUUUUCAACGAUUACAUACAGCCUGUUUGUCUGUGGAAGCGGGACGAUGGCUAUGAACUACCGUUCGUCAAUCAAGAACCGGGCACUGUCGUUGGUUGGGGAUUGGCGGAGGCAAAUCGACUCGGGACGGUUCUCAAUGAAGCUCGCAUGCCGGUGGUCGAUUCGUUGACGUGUCUCGCGAGCGAUCGUGCAUUUUUCGGCCGGUUGCUGUACUCGAAGGCAUUCUGUGCCGGAUAUAAGAAUGGUACGGGUGUCUGCAACGGAGACAGUGGUGGUGGCAUGUUUUUCCAGUUUCAAAAUCGUUGGUAUCUGAAGGGAGUGGUUUCGUUCAGCAACACAAUCGAUUCUUCUGGGCUGUGUAAUUUAAAGCAAUAUAUCGGCUUUACCGACGCAGCACAGUAUAUCGAUUGGUUGUAUGAAAAUACACCCAACAGCGGAAUCGAAGAUCCGAUCCUGGGGCAUCCCAAUAUUCGGCUGAUCAAUCAAGGGAACUGUGGACGGAAUGAGCAUGUGUACGAGUUUGGCGAGGAGCGCAAACCCAUCUUUAAGCAAUAUCCUUGGAUGGUGACGUUACGCCAUCCGUUCGUAGAUUCCGAGUAUGUUCCCUGCAACGGAGUGUUGCUCAAUCGAAAUUACGUGCUUACGACUACUUGUGUUGAUUUGCAAGAUGAGAUCAGUGUAACUCUCGGUGAUUACGACACGAGCAAAACGAAGGAUUGCGGUUCAAUAGAUGGACGAGAGCAAUGUAUUUCCUCAGUACAGACUGUAUCAGUGGGUCAGCUAUUCCGCAAGGAUAACCUCGUGCUCGCUCGUCUAACCAUUCCGGCUGUUAUUGGACGACGAGAUCAUAUUGAAGCAAUCUGUCUUCCGGUAACCCCACAGCAGCGGGAACGGCUGUACAAUCGCUACAUCAUGACGGGCUGGAAAGAAAGUGGGUCUGACUCGCGAAUAUUGCAGCGCGCUCUGCUUGAAGCAAUCGAUUUGAAUAAGUGUCGGACUGAAUUUCAGGCCGUUAGCUACGCCUCUGAAGCUUCGAAACAAAUCGACAAUAGAACAAUUUGUGCGCGAAAUCUAGACGAUCCGUCACGGUCGCCACGCUGCAACGAUUAUCAGCCAGGAUCGGCCAUACAGGUAGUAGAGAAGAAGUCUAAUCGAUAUUUACUUUACGGCUUACAGACAGGGAUAAGCUAUUGCUCUGUUCCGGAACAGUACAUUGCUAUCAGCAAGUAUCUGCAGUGGAUUUUAGAUAACAUUCGUGGGUAA